AUGCAAGAAACUCCAGACAACGGAGCACUCAGCUUUUCCGAUUUUUCAACUUCCAUCCUCUAUCCAGAUACUCUGCAAGCUGAAUCUGAGGAUAUAUUAUUACAACCUCUCUCAGUCUCAGUGUGGUUUUCCGGUGCGGUUCCUCGACACCUCACUCACCCGAACAUUCCAAUUAAAAUUAGUGUGUCUCUGAAUGAGGAGUAUCAAUUAUUCACAGUACCUGUGAUUGAGGUAGAGUCUCAGCACUCCAGAGAGUCUUACCAUUUCAAUAAUGUAAGUUGCGGUCAAUAUGAACAUUGCCCCAUGUCUGGUGGUGAAUCUGAUGAUGCAUCAAUUACCUUCCUCCCCUUGCCGUCAACAUUCGAUCACAUGGAUCCUGACCACUGGGCCAGACUCUCCGGCACUAUACAAUCAUGGCUCCUGACGUUCACGGACACAGUGACGCCUGAAUGGACUUGGGGCCAGGACGCAUUCUGGUACGCAUUUGUCGCUGCCAAUCCUGACUUCCCCAAUGGCAAGUGGGCUUUCUGGGAUCUGUGUAUUCCUCUCGAGGGCCAGUUCAUCGAGGAGUGGGUGGAGUGCAGCAUCAAUUUGCCCGUCGAAGAUGCUGACGAAGAGCUCACUACUCCUUUGAUGCACAGUGAUACCCGGGACCUCAUAUGGGGAGAGUUCUCCAGACACAUUGCGCUUUUUUACCCUUAUCGUUUGAUUUCUACUACAUAA